UGGGUCAAAAGUUUGAAGAGGGCCCUGUCAGAAAGUGCCAAGAGUCAGAAACCACUGAUGGUCAUUCAUCAUCUAGACAACUGCCCACACAGUAAAGCUCUGAAGGAGGCAUUUGUUGCUGAUAAAUCCAUCCAGAAAAUGGCCAAAGAUGACUUCAUCAUGCUUAACGUGGUGGAGGAAAUUGGGGACAAGCAUCUGGCUCCUGAUGGCUAUUAUGUUCCCAGAAUCCUCUUUGUUGAUCCAUCUCAGACUGUUCGCGCAGAUAUUGUGGGGAAAUACGAAGAGCGUCUCUACACCUACGGCCCAGAUGAGAUGGAGCUCUUGGCAGCAAACAUGAAGAAAGUCAAACUCCUGCUGCACAGUGAACUCUGACGCAGCUCCGCUUCUACCAGGUUGCUCCUGCAGAAAGGCCAGCACUGAACUGUUACAUGGUCUUAUAGAGCUCACUUAAACCAACAUUAAAGAGAAGCAAGUGUUAUUUUAUUCAUGCAUUUGUAAUAUUUCGGUUGCUGUUCUGCAGUAGUGCUUUUUUAUGUCGAGAAAUGGCUGCAUACCUCAGAAAAAAGUGGGAAAACAACUUCAAAUGUCAAGUUCUUUGCAAUGUGUUGUUGUGUCUUAACCACAUUGAAAUAAAUGCAAUUUCAAUGAAAA